GCUCCUUCUAAACGGCGUGUGGCGAUAAUCACUUUUAUCCCGGAUGUCAUUCCAAACUCCACGCUGCAGCAACUCCAUCUCUCACCUCUUCGAUCAUCCAUCUUCAUCGUCGUAGACCAUCCAUCAUCUAUCUUGGAACCCUCCUCCAUCAUCGUCUGUACUAUAUGGCAAACUAGGCUAGUAGCAAAGAUAGCGAGUUUCACUGUACAAUAGGCCGGCCACACAGCAAUCCACACAGAAUGAUAGCCCCAUCAUUAUGCGGUGGUUUCCUCUCCGAUAAACGAGCACUGGUGGCGUUUACAUGGACCAUCGCAACUGUCAUGACAUUGCUGGCUUUUCUGCUGGCGGUGAUCCUCACAUGUCAAGUGCACGCUCACUACAUGCGGAUGGAGAGAUAUUACGAAUCACAACUGACAGACGACUAUUAUCAACGGAACAAUGAUGGAUGUGAAGAAGAAGAAGGGGGUGAGGGAGAAGACGAAGGAGAAGGCGAGGAAGAGGGAUGCAAUCAUGGAAGUCAAGAUCAAAAUUCAGCGGAUCGACAAAUAGAGUACCUGAUGCAGCUGGCCAGUAUAUCAUCCAACAGCAUGACUUUUGUGGCUCUCUACACAAUGGCUAUGGCUGUGGCUCUCUCGUUGUUUGGGUCAACAGCGAUUGUUGGCUUUACAUCAUUACGAGGCGAUUACAUAGCGCCAUGUUUCUCCACUACUGGGUCUUCCAAGCUGAGGCUAGGCAUCUUUGGAGGGGCUAUUGUUAUAUUUGCCAACUUGCUGCUAGUUUGCGCAGUGGUGUUUGGUGAAGUCCGAGUUGAGGACUGGAGACAAGAUGGAAGAGAGGGCGAAGAUAACAAGACAGAACCCUAUGAAAUUGAAAGGUUAGCCACGGUUCUUGCUGUAACCUGCAUGUUCUUGGCAGCAUUGUAUACUGUCUUUUCGGUACUGCUGUUUCUUUAUUUUGGAAAUGAAGAAAUUGACGAGAACACUUUGGAUCAAACAACAACCCAUACCAACAAACCUCUGGUGACUAUAUCAAAUGACUUGAGAACAGACAAGUUCAUCACCAUGGAAGAGAAUUCUACAUAGUCAAAGACGCACCCUGCUACUGCUACCCUACCGAUAUCUGGAGGAUUGCAUUCCCUUCCAUGUCCUGAUCCUAUUUCCAGGCAGACUCUUCUUUCCUAGCUACUGUAUGCUAUGGCUAGACUACCGGGUACCCACAGAAUGGAUUCUAUAAUCCGUCUCCAUCUCAGCUCAACUAGAAUAGUCGUCUAUUCAACCUGUAGAACUACACAAUUCUUUAUC